AUGGGACAAAUCUGCUCGGGACUAAAGUCGGAAGCCAACAAGGGGUCGGCGUUGGAAACCGUCGGACCGGAUGACCUGAUAGAUGAGGGCUUUGCGGAUUCUCAACAUCUUUCCAAUGACCAGCUACAAAAGCAGCAACAAUUACAACAAGAUGAUCCUCUGAACAUAUCUCGUCGGGAUAGCGAAGAGGUAGAACGUCAAAAGAAAUUGAGAGAAGAGCAAGCCACAUUGGAUAUGAUCGUGGCCAUGGCAGGACGUGGGAUGGUUGCCGUGAGGUCCACCCGAGGCAGCACCGGAUAUUAUGAUCAAGGUUUUGCUGCAGCGUUGGCAGCGCACUUGGAGCAAACUACACAAUUUCCGGAAAGUCUACCAGUGAAGUUGCCACAAUUCACCCAUGAGGAUUCCCUAUACAGCAUACUGAAUCAGCCAAUGACAGUCCAUCUGCCAAACAAAGUUGCCGAAGAUCCCAACGGAUAUAUGGACAGUAUCGCAGAACCGCUACUAGAGACUGUGCUUCCGGCGAAACAGCAGCUCUUUGCGAGGGCCCACCCGAUUGUGGAAACCUUAAUGUAA